UGACGUGUAACUAGUUUUGUGAGAUAGAAUUAGUAUCAGUAAAGUUACGCAUUUAUAUAUACUGAGUCCAUAAUAGUGCAGUACAUACAGAACGAGAUUGAAAUGAAAGUGUUUGUGGUACUGGUUGCCUUGUGCUUGCUUGAUAUUGCAUUUUCUGCCCCUCAUCGAGUGGAGAAAAAGAAAGAAACUGAGAGAAAGGAAAAGGAAACUAAUGAAGAUAUCGAUGAUUUUGGUCUUGAAUAUGGAAGAUAUUUACAGCAGGUUGUUCAAGCCUUAGAAGAAGACAAGGAGUUUGCCAAAAAACUAGAAAAUAUUUCUUCUGAGGAAAUAAAGAAAGGUGAAGUAGCCAGAGAGCUGGAAUUUGUAAAACAUAGUGUACGAAGCAAGUUGGAUGAGUUGAAGAGAAUGGAAGUGGAGAGGUUAAGGAGAUUAACAAUGGAAGAAGUUGAGCAGAACGAAUUAGGGCUUUACAGAGACGAAGAUGGUCACUUACUUCCUGCACCCCCAAAUGGUCGAAAGUGGCACACACAGUCACGUCCUUCUGGAGGAAAAGGUUUCAAUAGGAAAAAUAGCAAAGUUCCUGUUCAUAUUGAUCCUUUAAAUACUCGUACAUUUGAAGUUGAGGACUUAAAGAGGCUGAUUCAGACAGCUACAAAUGACUUGGAAGAGCUGGAUCGUAAGAGACGAGAAGAAUUCAAACGUUAUGAAAUGGAAAAAGAACAUCGGUACCGAGAAUCACUGCAAAAUUUGAAAGAAGAAGAGAAAAGGAAUCAUGAAAAAAAACAUCAAGAAAUGAAAAACAAACAUCAAGAACAUCCCCGAAUUCACCAUCCUGGUAGUAAACCUCAAUUAGAGCAAGUAUGGGAAGAAAGAGAUCAUAUGUCUAAAGACGAGUUUGACCCCAGAGUGUUUUUUGCUAUGCAUGACAUUAAUGGAGAUGGUUAUUUGGAUGAAGAUGAAGUGGAAGCCAUUCUGAGUUUGGAAGUGAAGAAGAUGUAUGAUCCUAAUAAUCCAGAGGAUGAUCCUGUUGAAAUGAUGGAAGAAUACAACAGAAUGAGGGAACAUAUUUAUAAUGAGGCUGAUAGGGACAAAGAUAAACGUAUUAGUCAAAAAGAGUUUAUGGAGUUGACCAAAAAACGAGAUUUUGAAGAAGAUGACGGUUGGAAGGGUAUAGAUGAACAGAAUAUAUUUACAGAAGAAGAAUUCAAAGAAUAUGAAAGACAAAGAGCGAUACAAAUGCAGAAACAUUUUGAGGCUCAGAGACAGGCAGCCAUUAAUCAGGGAAGUCCAUCACAGUACAUCCAGUAUCCUCCUCCUCCUCAGUAUGGUAUACCAUCCCAACAUGGUGUCGCACAACAACAUCGUGGUUUACCACCACAGCACUUAGAACCUCAUGCAAUUCCACCAAAACAAUAUUAUGGCUAUCAACUCCAAGACCAAUAUGGGCAGGCUAAGCAACAGUUUCAGGGAACACCACAGUUCCAAGGAGUGCCACAUUACCAACAAGGAGGACUUUCACCACAACAACAGCAUUUCCAAGGAGUGCCACAGUAUCAACAAGGGGCACUUUCACCACAACAACAGCAAUUUCAGGGUGUGCCACAAUAUCAACAAGGGGCACUUUCACCACAACAACAGAAUUUACAUGGAGUGCCACAUUACCAACAAGGAGGACUUUCACCACAACAACAGAAUUUCCAAGGAGUGCCACAGUAUCAACAAGGGGCACAUUCACCACAACAACAGCAGUUCCAAGGAGUGCCACAGUAUCAACAAGGGGCAUAUUCACCACAACAACAGCAGUUCCAAGGAGUGCCACAGUAUCAACAAGGGGCACAUUCACCACAACAAAAGCAUUUCCAAGGAGUGCCACAACAUCUACAAGAUACACUACCACCAAAAGAUCAGUUCAAAGUAUUACCACAACAUCAACAAGGCAUACCAUUACCUCAACAGCAACAGGGAGUUCCUUCACAGGAUAAUAGAGUACCUCAGAAAGAAAUAGUUACACAACAUCAGCAACAACAGGAAGUGUCACAACAGCAACAGGGAAUAGCUUCACAGGAACAUAAAGUACCCCCGAAAGAAACAGUUACACAACAUCAACAACCACUUUCUGUAAAAAAACCUGAACAAAAGAGCCAAGAUGCUUUGUCACAAGAAAAGCCAGACGCCCCAGUGAAUCAGGCAUUACAAGAACCCCAACAACAGAAACCAUAAUUUGACACAUCUGGAGAUACGAUGGUUGUGUUUAUAAAACCACAAAAUGCUAAGUAAAUUGUUUUCAUCAUAUUAGUUUUCAAGUCUUGUGAUACUGUUUGUUUUAUUGAAAGUAUCUGUUUUAAAAGUGGUGUUAUAUUUUUGUACACCUACUUAGAAGAAAGUAGUUCUGUUUUAAUCCAAAUUAGUUGAAUGUAAAGACUACUGGAGAAAAACUACAGAAAGAAGGUAUUUUUGAAAAGUGAAGUAUAUGUAUGCAGACUACAAUUAAAACAUUGGGUGAUAAAUAGUCAGGGAAAACUUUAUAUAAUGGUUAAUUACUAACUUUUAUAGCUGUAUACAAUCUUAAUUAUUUGAUUAUUACUUUCAUGAAAAUGUUAUUGUGGUUUUACUUAUUUCAAAGGUUGUGAAUAACGUUAGGGGGUUUAACUGCAAAAUAACUUAAUCUAAUUGGUCCAAAGCUUACCUAAGAAUAAUAAAUUAUUUAGCAGGUCUUUAUUUCUGUCACGAGUGAUUUUGAAUUGUUGUUAACAGAUUAAUAUUAGUAAUGAAGCUUCAUCAACUGCAAUCUUACAAGCUUUCAAAAGAAUUGGGGACCCCCCCCCCCCCAGAAGAAUUAAAAAUGUCUGACUGAACUUUAAAAGUUCAACCUGAUUCAACUAAAUAAUCUUUCAUGGUGAUGCCUACUUGAGCUGUAAUCAGAAAAUCUUGCUCGACACGUUGAUUAAAUGCACAAAGAUAACCAUUUAAAGGAAAAAGAAAAUGCUAUCUGUUUAGAAUUUUAGUGAUAGAUCUUGGUUGUUUUUUUUAUAUCUUGAAUCUUGCUCAUGUGUCAAAUAAUUUAGAAAGGUCACACCUUUUUUUGUAAAUGGUUUGAUACAUCCUUCUAAUUCAUAAAGAAUGUAUACAAUUAUUAGUUAAGGGUUACGAGAUACAUAACUUGAAAGAAAACAACUUGUCAUAUGCUCUAAUACUUUUUUAUGAAUGACUUGUUAACAUGUUGUCUCUUAACUGAAAAUUAAAUAUUUUUGUAAUAUGUAUUAAUUAUCAUGACAUUGACAACAACCUCUACUUUUAUUGGCAUUUUUCUUUGAGAAAUUAUUUCUCCAGUAUUUAGUAAUGUUUCGAUGUAUACAAGUUUCUGACUUCUGGUAAAUGAUAAAAUCUGUAUUUUUGUUGGUUUACAAUAAAAAUUUUCUUACUGUU